CAGGCUCCAAACUACUUCUUGACAAUGGGAAACUGGGUGGUUAACCACUGGUUUGCAGUUUUGUUUCUGGUUGGCUGGUUGGGGCUGAAUGUUUUCCUGUUUGUACAUGCCUUCCUGAAAUAUGAGAUGGGAGAAAAGUACUACUACACAAGAGAAAUUCUUGGGACCGCAUUGGCUGUGGCCCGAGCCUCUGCUUUCUGCUUGAAUUUUAACAGCAUGCUGAUCCUGAUUCCUGUGUGUCGCAAUUUGCUGUCUUUCCUGAGAGGAUCCUGCUCAUUUUGCAGUCGCACACUGAGAAAGUCAUUGGAUCACAACCUCACCUUCCAUAAGCUGGUGGCAUAUAUGAUCUGCAUACUCACAGCUAUCCACAUCAUUGCACACCUGUUUAACUUUGAACGCUAUAGCAGAAGCCAACAUGAGACAACUGUAUCUCUUGCCUCUGUUCUCUCCAGCCUACAUCAUGAGAAAGAGGGGGACUUUUGGCUAAAUCCCAUACAGUCCCCAGACAUGACAGUCUUGUAUGUGACUUUCACCAGUAUUGCUGGUCUCUCUGGAGUGAUCAUCACCGUAGCUUUGAUUCUCAUGGUAACUUCAUCAAUGGAGUUUAUUCGGAGGAAUUAUUUUGAGCUCUUCUGGUAUACACACCACCUAUUUAUCAUCUAUAUCAUCUGUUUAGGGAUUCAUGGCAUGGGUGGAAUUGUCCGGGGUCAAACAGAGAAGAGCAUAAAAGAGAAUCAUCCUUAUAAGUGUGCACAGUCUUUUGAAAACUGGGGUGAUCAUGACCCUGACUGCAAGCGACCUCAAUUUGAAGGACAUCCCCCUGAGUCUUGGAAGUGGAUCCUGGCACCAGUUGUUCUAUAUAUCUUCGAAAGGUUCCUCCGAUUUUAUCGUUCCCAGCAGAAGGUUGUGAUCACCAAGGUUGUCAUGCAUCCAUCCAAAGUUUUGGAAUUGCAGAUGAAAAAACGUGGCUUUAGCAUGGAAGUGGGGCAGUACAUCUUUGUUAAUUGCCCCUCAAUCUCUCUCCUGGAGUGGCAUCCCUUUACUCUGACCUCUGCUCCAGAGGAAGAUUUCUUCUCCAUUCAUAUCCGAGCAGCAGGGGACUGGACAGAAAAUCUCAUAAGGGCAUUUGACCAACAGAAUUCACCCAUUCCCAGGAUUGAGGUGGAUGGUCCCUAUGGCACAGUCAGUGAAGAUGUUUUCCAGUAUGAAGUAGCUGUGUUGGUUGGGGCAGGAAUUGGGGUUACCCCCUUUGCUUCCAUCUUGAAAUCCAUCUGGUUCAAAAUGCAGCAUUCAGAUCACAACCUCAAAACACAAAAGAUUUAUUUCUACUGGAUCUGCAGGGAAACUGGUGCCUUCGCCUGGUUCAAGGACCUACUGACUUCCCUGGAACAGGAGAUGGAAGAAUCAGGCAAAGUGGGUUUUUUAAACUACCGUCUCUUCCUCACUGGAUGGAACAGCAACAUUGCUGGUCAUGCAGCAUUAAACUUUGACAAGGCCACUGACAUCCUAACAGGCCUGAAACAGAAAACCUCCUUUGGGAGACCAAUGUGGGACAAUGAGUUUUCUACAAUAGCUACUUCCCACCCCAAGUCUGUGGUGGGGGUUUUCUUAUGUGGUCCUCGGACUUUGGCAAAGAGCCUGCGCAAAUGUUGUCACCGAUACUCCAGUCUGGAUCCUCGGAAGGUUCAAUUCUACUUCAACAAAGAAAAUUUUUGAACUAUAGGAAUAAACAGAAUAGUUUGCAUUUUGUCCCUCUUUUGAAUCUUCAGCAACUUACUUCGUCUGGUCAAGUUUGUUCAGUCACUUCAUGAUAAUACUGUGCCUCUCAAGCCUUGACUUGACUCGCUGGUAUUAAAAGAAAUGCAUUCGACUUUGUUGAUACUUGAGCUUCAACAACCUAAGAACUUGAGAAGCCAAUAAUUGCAAAGCCCAUGGAUCCUUUCUUGGGAAAGUAAUUGUCAAUCCUGGAAAUCCAUGACUACCGUGAAGCUUGAUAGCAGAGUUUUGGUGGUUGACAAGUUACACUAUUUAACCCCUGGUGACUUUAUUGAUUCCAAGUGUUACCAUCUCCUGGACUUUAGUUCAUAAUCCCCCCUCCCUUCUGCCAUUAUAGAAGAUGUCUAAGUAGGGUGAUUUUUUUAAAAUAAAAAUUUAUUGAAUUAAUGACAAAACAUAAUAACCAUAAAUAACAAUGAACAUAAAAUUACCAAGAACCCCAUCCCCAUAUAAUGCCAACUAGGUACAUUGUUACUUUAAAUAUGAUCUUAUCCAGUGUGAACAGCAACUUAUACUUUUAUUUUUGCUUGUCAAAAAUGAAGGAUUUUCUUUUUGCUUAAUGAAUGAGUCUGUUACUUUUUCUGGGCUUUCCAUUUGGGAAAGAAAACCUUGAAAACGUGAUUCGUAAAUGAAACUUAUAAUUCAAAGUCAGCUAUACUGUCAUUUUGUAUUGUUGUAUUUAGGAAUAAUUGGGAAUACUUGAUCAUUAUCACGGGAUAACUUAG